AUGCCGGAAAAUCCGAUGAAAGAGUGGUUUUUGAAAGUGCCUUGGGGAAAGUUAGCAAUGUUGUCCUGGGGAGAUCCUUCGCUACCUCCAACGCUGCUGGUGCACGGAUUCAUGGACACAGCCGCCACCUUCAUUCCCCUGGUCGACGUCAUGCCUGCUACUUUCCACUACGUCACAUUUGACUUGCCUGACGUUCUGCAGGCGCUCCAUCUUAUUAAGGAGUUCCUCAUUAAGGUUCAGGGUCGCGAUGUCCCCAUAGUCCAGAAGAGGAAGCAAGAGAGAGCGGGCAAGGACGACCUUCAGUUGGAACCUGGAACCUUUUUGGCGGCCCGGGUGGGACGCGCUUUCAGCGCUGGCCCCGAAGCCGACGGGGUGACGCCAGCAGCCGCUGUGUGCUCCAAUCUCUCAGACGCGGGGGCUUCUGUAAUAGGGCAGUCGUCAGCAAUAGGGGCCGGCGCGGCGGUGUUAGAUAUAGUGGGCGCAGGCCACGGACACUCGGACACGAUGCCAGGUCCACCGAUAUCCCCCCUACAUUUGGUGGAAGCUAUACGUCAAAUAGUUGACCAACUACAGUGGGACACGGUCUCUUGUGUCGCUCACUCCAUGGGGUAUCUCAUUUGCGCGUAUUACAACGCAGUGUACCCCGGUCGAAUACGAAGGCUGGUGUCACUGGCUGGUGCGAUCAGCAUCCAGCUACACGGGCUGGUCGAACUGCCGAAGGACUGGUUCGACAUCAGCAUCGCCAGCUACUACCGUCGCUAUUUCCAGCCUCCAGCACCCUUAACCUACACAUAUAAGAAGGCAGUGGAAUCCCUUGCUAGGGCUCGAGACGUGAGUGAGGCAGACGCCACUAUCUUGGCGUCUCGAUGCCUUAAAUCAGUCGACGGAGAGUUCAGGUUCACAUGGGACGUGAAAGCAAAGAAGAUCUACGUACCGCCCAUCGCAGAAGACAUAUUAUACUCUAUCCUAUCCACCCCCACUCCCACGCUUUGCCUCGUGCCUACAGAGGAUAAAACGCCAAUCACCUUCUACGACUGUCAUGUCAACAUGUUAGCGAAAUUGACCAAUGAGCGUUAUGUGUUCGUCAGCGUGCCAGGCGGGCAUAGCGUGCAUUUGACUAAUCCAGAGUUCAUUGUGCCGCAAAUUGUUAAGUUUUUUAAUGAGGAUGUAAAAUCAAAGUUAUAAUAAAUAUAACUACUUAUAUGUCUGUAUCUUUCGGCAUUUAAAUAAAUAUAAACUAACAAUUUGUAAAUAUUCGGGUAGUUAUAACAUUUAUUGGUUAACCAAUCAAAUACAAAACCGUCUGAAUCAGUCACUGAACGACUUUAACCUACAUAAUUUGAUCAUGUACCUAAUGUUGGCAUCUACCCUCAACUGGCUUAAGGAGCCAUUUUACUUUUAUUUAAAUACCUAAAGAUACAGACUAUACAGAGUAUAGAGGAAGAAAUUAAGUACAGCUCAGAGCCACUGGUAAUAGCUCUGUGCAAUGCGUAAGUACUCAACGCUGGUGUCGAUUUUAAUAUCUUAUAUAAAUAAAACCUAGAAUUAUUUGCACAA